UCCCGCAGUAAAUCAAAAAGAUGAUCAAAAAAGUUGCGCUGAGUUGGAUAGUGGUUUAAACGGAUCCAGGAUGUCUGUGAGUGAGAAGACAAGGAAAGACCACAGAGCUCUGUACAAGGCAAAGACUCCACCGUGGAAAGAAACCUACAGAAAGAGAUGUAUGAGCAGGCUGAGAGAGAGCAGAGAGAAGUUGCAAGAAAAGUUUCGCAAGAUCAGCGCAUCAAUUAAUGAAACAGAUGAGUUUAUAACAGACUUGAUGAGAGAUGAGCUCCAGACGAUGCAGAAAAAUUUAGGUUCGGGGGAGGAAAAGCUAGAUAUAGAGAUGGAGGGAUUUUCUGCUGCCGAUUUUGAUAUAGAAAGUGUCCUUAAUUUGUUUGAAGAUAUCCAAGAGGAGCUUAGACACGAAGAGCUGAAGAUGUUGGCCGAGUUUGAGAAGUAUGAGGCUAGUGUAAGAGAAGAGGAAGAUGUGUUGUGUUCAGCAAUUGCAAGUUUGUCAGCGGAAGAAGUGAUCUGCCCAGUCUGUCAGAAAAACAGCCUGCUUCAAAACAAAUCUGUGAUAUUCUGUAAAUGUGGGGUGCGAGUAGAUACCGAACAGGACUGCCUGACCCUGAGAAAUGUUAAACAGUUAUUGGAUGAUGGAGUGAAACUUCAUGGAAACACCUGUGACACCCCACCCACCUUUUCUGUGGUCUCUGAGCUGGGGCCCCAAAACCUACUCAUGUCAUGCCAGUCCUGUGAUUGGAUGUCUAUUAUCAUUUAAGUCCAAUUUCAAAGACAUGAAGAGUGCUGGUUUGUGUCUAAUCAUAGUGCUAUGGAUGAUGAUGAUGAUAAUGAUGAUGACGAUUUGUAUAUAAAAAGAAGUUCACUACUUGCAAAAUUUUCAGUUAAUGUAUGGUAGUCUUACAUGUUGAAAGAAAGUAAAAUAAGAUUUUCUGAUGGGAUUGUACAUUUUCUUCUUAUGUUCAUUUUUACAUGCAAGUCAUUAUGUUGCAAAAUAUUUUGUUCAAAAUAAAAUUGACUAUUCGGUUUCAAA